CUUCCUCACGCACAGACCCGAGUGCGGUUGAGCCCGGGAUUUGUGGUGAGUGGACCGAGCGAUCGAGAGACUCGGCUUGGUGAGUUACUGACUGAGCUACUUGGAGGUAGCGUCAGACAGGGCGGCAGUGGCGACAGACAGCAAGAAGAUGACAUCCUGAGUUACACUCACGGGGUCCCGAGAUCGGGAGGAGACCGACGGAUCUGGCGAUUCAAAAACCCCGAGGGACCGGAGUAUGGAGAUGACCUGAGAGCAGAGGAUCGGGGAGACCUCGGAUCGGGCCAUCGCGAGGGAGCACAGCAGAUCGGGAGAUUCAAAGAGCGGGAGGACCCUUGAGACCGCGAGACCCGGAGGUUGGAACAGCAGGAGGACCUCGUAUCGGGGGAUCGAGAGGUGGGGAGGCCGACAGGGUGUGAGAUCCAGAAGAUCGGCAGACGCCACUGGACGAAGGAGCCCAGGACGAGUUGGGGAGAUUUCGAAGACCGCGAGUCGGGAAGCGCGAGGAACUCCUUGGGUUCAGCGACCAGGAGGUGAGGAGGUCAAGGAGGAUCGAGGUCCUUGGAGUCGAGAUCUGUGAACCCCACGAGCCUCGCCCGAGGAUCGAUGGAGCAACUCGCCCGGAUCACCCCGGCCCUGAUGCUGCUCCUGAGCCUUCACAUCGGGGGUGCAGGGAGCACGGAGGGUGCACGCGCAGCGCGGGUCGCACGAGCUGCCCCGACGCAGUCGUUCCUGGUGGAGCUGGAGAUCUCCAGCACGGACGAGUUCUUUGACAAACAAACCCUCAUCAACCUUCUGCUCAACCUCCCUCUGUUAUCCUUCAACGGCAGCUACGUCAACAUCACCGAUCCCGUGCUCAUCAGCGAGUGUGUCCCCCAAGGCAACGAGACGCAGUGUCGGUGCGGAGCGGGGCUGCUGUGGAACACCUCCACCUGCCAGGCGCUGGGGCCCUGCUCCUCGGACCCCUGGGGACCCCCGCAGGGGUGCAGCUGCGUCCGGGGGACACCCCCGGACCCCUUCCAGUGCAGCGCGCCUCCCCCUCCAAGCACGCCGACAACCACGCCCAACGUCACUACGGCCGCCAACCUAACCAGCACAGCACUCACAACGUUAACAACCACAACACCACCACCAACAACAACGCCAACAACAACGCCAACAACCACACCAACAACAACGCCAACAACACCACCACCAACAACAACGCCAACAACAACGCCAACAACAACGCCAACAACAACAACGCCAACAACAACACCAACAACAACAACGCCAACAACAACACCAACAACAACAACGCCCACAACAACGGUGACCACCACGACGGCAGGGACCACAGUGAAGCCGAUCACCGUCACCUCUCCUCGCCCCCCGCCCUUGAAUACCUUUAAGACGUCGUUGAAGAUGGGGAUAGAUUUCACGGAGGACUUGAAGGACCCCACCUCGGCCAAGUACAAGGAGUUGGAAAGCGAUAUCCUAAAAAUUCUCAGGGUGGAGUACGCGAAAAUUGGACCGACGUUCAGGGAGAUCCAGAUACUUGGAUUCAGGAGUGGCAGCGUCAUCGUUGAUUACAUGAUCUUGGGUGACAACCUCACCUUGCAAGACGUCGCUAGCAAGACACAGAGUGCGAUUGUUGCCCUCCGUAACAACGGGACGAGCAUAGACUCGGAAAUCCCGAAGAUCUUGAAGACAGGAAUGAUUAAGAACCAGAGUUUGGACAGCCUGCUUGUGGGAGAUUGGCUCGUGCUGCAGUGCAGCUUGGAGGAAGGGGCCCCAACUAAUGGAAUGUGGAAUGGCAGUGACAUCGGAGAAGGGCAGCAGACCCAUUUAGGGAACGAGGUGACACUCACCUUCAAUAGCGUGAAGAAGGUGAUCCAAGGCGAUUACGAGUGCUCCUUCAAUUUGUACGGCGUCCUUUACUACGACGUCAUCACCGUGCCGCCUCCUGUGCUGCUCACGGCGCCUUGGGGGCUCGGCCCGGCCGGCGGGGUCACCCUGCGGAGCGGGGAUACGAAGGAGCUUUCCUGCUGCUUCGCAAUGACCGACAACCCCGAGUACAACUACACCAUCACGUGGAAGGUGGCAGACCAAGUAUUGGGCCCCAGCCAAGUCUUUAACAACACGGCUGGGCCCAGGUGCAUCAACCAUACCGUGUUGUGGGAGGAUGUGGAGCAGCCGCGGACGUACAGCUGCUGGCUCGCCGUCGACAAGCAUAACGUGAGCAGCAGCAUUGACGUGGGCUUCUACGUGACACGUUACGGGAUAACGUUCAAUAGCAUGAACCCAAAACCCGGCGAGAGUGUGAAGAUCACGUACGGCCGCAACCUGAGGUCCAACGAGAUCGUGACAUGGUUCAAGGACGGUCUGGAAUUGAACACAAACAGCAUUAUAUAUGCCAGCGUCGUGGGUGCUUGGCCAAACCUCACCAUCCCGAACGUGCAGCUCGUGCAUCAAGGCACGUACCUCUGCCAGGUGCUGGACGGCUUGAUGGUGUUCGAGGGCAACGGCAUGAUGCGGAUAACGACCAUGCCCGAGGUCGACCCGACGAAGGGAACCCCGAGCAUCACCUCCAUUCCGUGCAACAGUGGAGGGAACGUGUCCUUCGUGGUGUGCCUCGUGGUCCCUGCCAGCGGCAGCGCCACCUGGACAAUGGGCAACAUUGUCAAAGUCGAACGCAUCAAUCUCACCACGGGCUGCUCAACUUACUUGAUGUCUAAGCCCUCGUCGUGCAGCGAUAUCAUGGUCACGUGCACGUUCACGAUGGACGACAACUUCUCCACCUCCAAAACCCUCACGCUUGUCUUUACAACGGAUGCGGACAAGCUCUGCAACGUAAAUGGGUGGCCGGCUACAAAGAUAGGUAGCGUGGCCACCAUACCGUGCGGAGAGGGCUACACCGGAUUCAUCCAGCGGAAUUGCUUUCUGAACGGGACAUUCGACAGCCCAUCCGACAACUGCGUCUCCAAUGCCUUAAAGAACGCCAGCAACGAAAUUAAAGACCUUCAGGCUGGCUUCGGCAAAGUGGACGUUAAAGUUCCGGAGGUCCUGGCAAUUUUGACCAACGUCACCACGAACAAAACCAUCUACCAAGGAGAUGUCAAGUCCCUCAGCGAAACCCUCGAGAACAUCGCGAAUGUCUCCACCAAUCACUCGUUCAGCAGAGCCGUGGUCAAGAAUUUUAUGGACUCUGUGAGCAACCUGCUAUCACCAGCUACGAUAAACAGCGAAGCAGUGCAAGUCGUCAAAACCGAGAGCUCCAGGCUGCUGCAGAGCGUGGAGGCGUUCGCCAACACCUUUAACACGUCAGAUACGCAGAAGGAUUUCGACAUCACGACCGACAACAUUGUGCUGAAUGGCACGGUGUACAGCAACGACAGCAUCACACAGUACUUGAAGGAGUAUAACAGCAGCAAUGUGAAAAUUAACAAGGAUGUGAUCACUAGUCUUACACGACCCAUCACCAUCACCAGCAUUUUCUUCAAGACGCUAGGACAAGUUCUCAACUCAACGAAUGGGACGGCCAACACGCCGAUCGUGGGCAGCAUCGUGAUCAGCACCAUCUUAAAAGAUAAAUCCAGCCCCCUAAGCAGCAUCACCAUGGAGAUGAUGCUCAUUCCGCAGGGCAGAAACUUGACCAACUAUAGCUGCGUCUUCUGGGAUUUCAAGAUUAACAACAACUUGGGGGGGUGGUCGAACGACGGCUGCAUUGUCAGCAAUUACAGCAGCCAGACCAAUGUCCUGACGUGCACCUGUUACCAUCUCACCUCGUUCUCCGUGCUCAUGUCGCCCAACGGAGAUAAUGCAAUAAGUGAAGGAAACAAGAAUGCCCUGAGCAUCAUCACCUACGUGGGCGUGGGCAUCUCCAUGGGCGCGCUCGUGUGCGCCCUCAUCAUCGAGGCCGUGGCCUGGCGCUACGUCAGGAAGCAGGAAAACUCGCGAAUGCGCCACAUCAUCCUCAUCAACAUCUGCGUGUCGCUGCUGUUCGCCGACGUGUGGUUCAUCGUGGCCGCGUCCGACGCCAGCACCAAGUACAACACCAACCUCUGCCUGGCCUCCACCUUCCUCAUGCACCUCGGCUACCUCUCGGUCUUCUUCUGGAUGCUGUGCGAGGGUCUCUUCCUCUUCUACCUCGUCGUCAUCAUCUUCAGCCGCGUCGCCAUGAAGCAUCUCAGGGCGGCCGCGUUCGCCGUGGGCUACGGGGCGCCGGCCAUCAUCGCGAUCGUCACCAUCGCCGUGACGAAGCCGCGCGACGAGUACACGCGGAAGGGAGUCUGCUGGCUCGACUGGGAGAAGAGCCGGGCUCUGCUGUCCUUUGUCGUACCCGCGUUGGUCAUCGUCGGCUUCAACACCAUCAUCCUGGUGGUGGUGCUCACCAAGAUCCUGCGCCGUCGCAGCGUCAGCGCGGCCAUCAGCGAGGGACCCUCGGUUCGCGUCAAGCAGCUGGCCAAGAGCAUCGCCGUCAUGAUGCCCGUCCUCGGGGUCACGUGGGGACUCGGCAUCUUCGCUUUCAGCGACGCCGGCAGCAACAGCCUCGCCCUGCAUUACCUGUUCACCAUCUUCAACUCCCUGCAGGGUUUGUUCAUAUUCCUCUUCGACUGCCUCAUGGACAUCGAGGUGCGCAAGGCGAUCAAGAAAGUGACGGGGAUCGACCUCGUCACACGCCACGAGGGGAGCAGCAGUCAGGGACCUCACGGGAAGAGCCGAUCCACGGGGAUGACCGACCCGCGCUUGAAGACCAAAGUGAAGGGGACGGUGCGCGACCGCGUGCGGCAGAGCGGCCCCACGCUGCCCAGCCUGAGCACCAGCAACUACGACUCGCUCGUCAGCGAGUAGGGCAACGCCCGGGCAAUACCCGGGCAACAACACAUGGGAAAUACCUGGGCAACAAUCGGGCAACAACACAUAAACAAUACCUGGGCAACACCUGGGAUACACGUGGGCUACACAUGGGCAACGCCCCGUCAACACAUGGGCUACACAUGGGCUACACCCGGGCUACACAUGGGCUACACAUGGGCUACACCCGGGCUACACAUGGGCUACACCCGGGCUACACAAGGGCUACACAUGGGCUACACAUGGGCUACACAUGGGCAACGCCCCGUCAACACAUGGGCUACACGUGGGCUACACAUGGGCUACACAUGGGCAACGCCCCGUCAACACAUGGGCUACACAUGGGCUACACCCGGGCUACACAUGGGCUACACAUGGGCAACGCCCCGUCAACACAUGGGCUACACAUGGGCUACACCCGGGCUACACAUGGGCUACACAUGGGCAACGCCCGGGCUACACAUGGGCUACACAUGGGCUACACAUGGGGCUACACAUGAGAAACUCUUGAGCAACAUCUGCUGAACAUCGGGGAAACACCCGGGCAAUGUAUAGGCAACACGUGGGUGACGUGAGAGUUUGGCGUCGCACACAAGAAUCCGGAAUAAAACACCCAUCGCACGCACGAGUGAGUACAACUCAAAAGGUCCGCACAGAUGGAUUUAACAAUGCACAUGUUGUACCGUCGUAGACUGCCCUGGCCACGCCGCAGCCCUCCACCCCCUGCUGCCCGUUUCGGGCACCCCCACGCACCACGUGGAGAUAGCGCCCCCUCGUGGUCACUGGGGGGGCCCAGCCAGCACCCCGCCCCCACCUAAUAACAGCGGUAACCACAACCCAGGAGAAGCUCACUGAGUCUCAAGACUCCAAUUCAGGAGGGUCCUGCUACAUCGGACCGUUUGUCCCCAUACCAUUAUUUGUGAGGGUUUGUGGAGGGAUGGAGCUGGAGGUUCUGGGGAGGAAUCCUGACCCCGCGCACGACAGGGUGACAACUCCGCGUGGAUUCAAUCCACAAACCCAAUCGAGGGAGUGGACGAAAUCAAAUCCGCUGUGCUGCGGCCCUGCGAAUCGUUCGCCAAUUGUGAAUAUUCUCGGGCAGUGUUCUUCGUUGCAAUGCCCCGCGGGCCACUGGCAACCGCUGGUGGUCUUUAGUGCGGCCUCCCCGUCAAUACACACAGAGCAGCGACAACGCGCCCCAUCAUCACCAUCAUCGCCGUGCUGCUGUCAAACUCGCAAUGGUUUCAAAUGCGUGGCGGCCCUCACACCGAUGAAGUCUUAUCAGUGAAAGUACCCCCCCCCCCCCGUGAAAA